GGGAAGCCUUACACACUAUCCUGAAGCAGCGUUUUGAACUCCCAGGGUUUAAAUAGCUCAUCCAGAUGCCCAGUUGUGAAAAAAAGACUCCUCUGCUUUAUUUGGAACAAUGGCUUAGAUCACUAUCUUGGUUAGAAAACAACACUUGACACCGAGAAGGAACUGACAUACAAGCAUAAAUCGUCCUGUUUGUUAGAAAACUUGAGAAAAGUGCUGAUAGAACUAUUCUCAGUCUAAUCUUUAAAGAAAUGCAUUUCCUCUGGAUGAGUUUUGUCCUCUCUUCCACUAAAUAAACUUAAUUUGCCAAGAUGAACAAAUAAUUUUUUAAUUUUUUUUUUUAAUUAAUUUUUAUAGCCCAAAAAGCUGGCAGGAUGUGAAUCAAAGGCUACACAUAAAUUAGACCUAAACGUUUAUAACGGAACCUGAAUUCAACACAUUGUAACAUUUCACAUCCUUUGUAAUGAAAUCUUCUUAUGGAUAAUAUUUUUAUAAUUAGACUAAUAUAAUUUUACAAACAGUUUGAAUUGUAAACAAAAAAAAACUAAAACAGAAACGAAAAAUUCCCACGAAAUUCCCAAAGUUAAAACACGCAGGUUUCCUUCGAUUCGCACUGCGGUUCACUGACUCAGCGAUCGAUUCGCUCGCCUAUCAGCUGCUUUCCUCAUCGACGAAGCUCAUCGUGUGGCAGACCAAACGAAUCGAUCCGCGCUGUUGACUUGUGUUCGAUUUCGGAUUUCCUGGUCGGAUGAGAGAACGGAAAAUCCCUCAGCAAACACCACUCUCAUCACGAACACUUUCACUAUCUAUCCGUGAACAAUCCCACCGUUAACGUAACUUAAAAAGAGAGUCGUAGCCCGCCGAGAAACAAGGAAAUCUGAGUUUAUUUGCCUCUUCUUCCUGGAUCCGUGUCAGCGUCGAAUAUGUCCGCGUCCGCUGGCGGUGCCGCGUCUCCGGGUUCGGCCCUCUCCGUCGGUCCCGCUACGGCUCCCGGCUCUGGCAUGUCCAUGUUCCGGUGGCUUGAGGUGCUGGAAAAAGAGUUCGAUAAAGCGUUUGUGGAUGUCGAUCUGUUAAUGGGAGAGAUAGAUCCGGAUCAGGCUGAUAUCACGUAUGAGGGCCGUCAGAAGAUGACCAGUCUAAGCUCGUGCUUCGCUCAGCUCUGUCAUAAAGCACAAACCAUCUUUCAGCUUAACCACAAAUUGGAGGCUCAGCUGGUAGACCUGCGUUCAGAGCUGACGGAUGUGCAGGCGGAGAAGGCAGUUGUGGAGGAAGAGGUCCACGAACAGCUUCUGCAGCUUCAUGCCAUGCAGCUCAAACUUCAAGCCAAAGCCGGUCAGACGGUGGACUCCGACUCCAUCAUGGACAGGAUGCAUGUUCCCUCAGUGGAGGAGAUGGAAAAGGAACUAAAGGCCAGUAAGAAAGAGAAAGUGAAGGAGGCCAAGCUGGAAGCUGAGGUAAAGUUGCUGAAGAAAGAGAACGAGGCCCUCCGCAGGCAUAUCGCGGUACUACAGGCUGAGGUUUAUGGAGCCAGACUAGCAGCCAAAUACUUGGACAAAGAGCUGGCAGGGAGGGUUCAGCAGAUACAGUUGCUGGGGCGAGACAUGAAAGGACCAGCUCAUGAUAAACUGUGGAACCAGCUUGAAGCAGAAAUUCACCUGCACCGCCACAAAACAGUCAUCCGAGCCUGCAGGGGGCGCAACGACCCCAACAAGCCCUUGCUAUCACCCGUGGGCCAUGACACGGACUCCUUGAAGAAGACACAAGGAGUUGGUCCUAUACGCAAAGUUGUUCUGACCAAAGAAGAUCACGAAGGGCUUGGAAUCUCCAUAACAGGCGGUAAAGAACACGGAGUUCCCAUCCUAAUCUCGGAAAUUCACCCCACCCAGCCCGCAGAACGCUGCAGAGGUUUGCACGUCGGCGAUGCCAUCUUAGCAGUCAACAACAUCAACCUGAGAGACGCCAAGCACAAAGAGGCAGUCACCAUCCUUUCACAGCAGAGGGGGGAGAUCGAGUUUGAGGUGGUUUAUGUGGCUCCGGAGGUGGAUUCGGAUGACGAGAACGUGGAGUAUGAAGACGACAGCGGCCAUCGGUACCGUUUGUACCUGGAUGAACUGGAGGAGGGACCAGGAGCCAAUCAGAACAAUGGCAGUGCUGAACCCACCUCCUUACAAGCUGUAGGGAAGCACUUAGCGAACAACAGAACAGAAAAUGGAGAUACAACCUUGUCAAGUGAGAGUCCUUCGGAAGAGAAGAUCUCCAAGACAGAGGAAUCAACAGAGAGUUCUUCUUAGGUCUCCAGAUACAAAGAAAAGUCCUUUAGAUUGAAGAGGAGCACCUGACGUGAGAAACAGAAAGAGAUUGCACAUGUACAAUUUGUAACAUAAAAAUAUACUGAUGCCGUAUGAAGAACAGACUGUUUUGACUCUGUUCACUGGAAAUGAACCACUCAGAGAAGAGAGGACUGUUACUCAGCGGACAUGGAGGACUGUUCGCAUGUUUACGUCACCAACUUGAUUUAGUUGUAAAGAAAGUUGAGGGGGAAAAAUCAUAUUCUCAAUCUUGUUUGUGUAUCUUUUCCAUACAUAUAAUGACCUUCAGUAGGUGAGUUGAAUCUCAGCUGAUGUAGAGGUCCUUCUUAAAGGAACAGAAUACCCAAACUGAAAAAAUUCUGCAGUUCUUUGUAAAAGUGUCCCGAAAACAUCUAUGCUGAUGUGAUUUCUAAAGAGAUUAUUAUUCGGUCACAAGAACUGAAUAACGUUUUCUUAAAAAUACAGCAUACAGGUACGGACAUGAGAGUAAAAACAACAGAAUUUUGAAGUAAACCUGAUCCUUAGGUGAGAUGGAUAUAACGAAAGUGUUCGUUCAUACAAAACAUCAACAGUUUUAAUGUUGCACUUUUAGUCUAGUGUGAGCCUGUGCUGUUAAACCUGCUUAGCUGUACUCCACUAAAGCAACGACACAAGAACGAUGUCACUUCCUGUUUGGGGAUGACAGAGACAGAAACAGCGCAUGUACACGCGUCAUGUAUUUACAUUACACACAGUCUCCACAUUCGUUCAAGCAAAAAAGUGGAGAGAACUUUAAUGAAACAUCCGGGUUAUAUUUCGCCCUGAUUUCUAUUCCUCAUGUGACAAAGAAAUACACCUUUAGCUUUUCUUUUGGUUUUAAGGUGAAAUUAAUACAAAAACCUCUGAUAGAUUUUCAUUGUGAUAUUUUCUCCUACGUAUCCUGUGAAGUAUUUUUGAACGACUAACCCGAGCAGCGUCCGGUUGACCUGACAGUGUCGCUGAACGUACUUACAUACUGUAUUUACAGUGUUUUUGGAAAAGACUACCGAUUAUUAUCCAGUUAAGUGGGUGUGUUUGCAUUUUUAGAUAGCAAAAUGACUUAUUUAAAUUAAUUUAAUCCAAACCUAUAUCCUCUUUGUUUUGCAAAAAACCUUGCUCUUGUUUUGAGGAUUCUUAACGACCAUCUUCCCCUAUUCUGUGUGCGUAAAGUAAACUCUAGUGCCUCAAAUCUGUAAAUUGUAACAUCACUACUGUAUAGCUCGCUAGAAGAGAUUUCUAUAAUCAGUGUUGCUUCCCUAUUAUUCGGUUAUUUAACAUAUCACUAAACUCUCACGCUCUAAAUAAACAUGGGCUGUAUAGCAAUAAAAAUGCUUAUAUGUAGCCUGUAUACAAUACACAUCAAUUAUUCAUGAUCAUUACUGUUAUAUUCUGCUGUUUGUUACCCCACUGUAUCUUCACAGGUGUUUUUGAGAUGUUAAGCAGAUGACCACAUGGUCUUCUCUUAUCAGUAUGUGGACUGGUGGGCUGAUGGUGUUGCUUUUCUUUUUUUGUUACUGAUUAUGGAUUGGGGUGCAAUGCGUCCCCCCGGGGGGCUAUGUUCUUCCCACACUGCCAGUGCAUGGCACAGCACAGACACCAUAGCAAAGUAUUUUAAUCUGGUUUAUUUCUCCAUUUAUCUUUGUAACACUGCUUUUUAUUUCCAAUGUCAUACAUUUCUGAAACACGGGAGAUUUGGAAACAAUGUUCCAGAUGUAGUUGACGUAUGACUGGAUUCAAUAAACUUAUUUGCCCACGAUGAAAAAUGUAUUGUGCGUUCAUAAAUCUAGUAUUUACAUAUGUGACCCUGGACAACAAAACUAGUCUUAAGGUUCAAGUUUUGAGAUUUUUACAUCAACUGAAUGCUGAUAAAUACGCUUUCUUUUGAUAUAUGGUCUGGUAGGAUAGGACACUAUCUGACGGAUCAACAACUGUUUACAAAGCUGGAAUCUGAGGGUGCAAAAAAUUGAGAAAGUCGCCUUUGAAGUUGUUCAUCUGAGGCACUGUAGCAAGCCAUCCAUUCACAAAAAGAAAGUUUAUAUACAUUUACAAUAGGAAAUAUAUCAAAUAUCUUCCUGGAACAUGAUCUUUACUUAAUAUCCUAAUGUUUCUUGUAAAAAAAAAUCAAAAUCUGUAUUCUUGGCUAUAACUACAAACGUUCCCGUGCUACUUAAGACUGGUUUUGAUGUCCAGGCUCACAUAUUGCAGUACUCCGUUCAAACAGUGGGAGGCGGUACAAGAGCAAAAA